GCCAGGGCAAUGGCCUGGCUAACCGCCCCUCUCUCUCUCCCUCCCCAGGCUCCCCUCUCAGUGGCAGCCGCUGCCGAGCACGUCAGCAGAGAUGAACCCCACCGUCGGCAUCGCUGUCAUCCUGACAGUCCUCCAGGUUGCCCACUGCCAGAUGAUCAAGGACCUGAGUGCCUGCCUGCUGGGCCAGAGCCUCCGGGUGGACUGCCGUUAUGAGAACAAAACCAGCAAUCCCCUGACCUAUGAGUUCAGCAUCACCAAGGACAACAGGAAGCACGUCAUCCACAGCACCAUCAGCGUCUCCGAGAACAUCUACCGGAGCCGAGCCAACGUCACCAUGCACAAGAACCUGGUGUGCCUCUACCUGCAGAGCUUCACCACCAGUGAUGAGGGCGUCUACAUGUGCGAGCUGAAGGCCACCAACGACUACACCGGCAACCAGUCAAAGAACAUCACUGUCAUCAAAGACAAACUGGAGAAAUGCGCCGGCUUCAGCCUCUUGAUCCAGAACACCUCAUGGCUCCUGCUGCUCCUCCUUUCCCUGCCUCUCCUGCAAGCCGUGGACUUCGUGUCCCUGUGAAAGGAAGAGCGCCCGCGCGCACACACACACGCACGCACGCACACACCGAGUACCCCAGCAAACCCGCCUCCCCCGCCAGAACGCAGCCCUCGGAAAGAGAAGCCGAACCGUUUGGAAGAAGUGAAACCUCUCUCUGUGUUCUCUCUAUAUAGCCGUAUAUCUAACGCUAACCACCAUCCUGUGCCGAGACCCGCCAUCACACGCACACAUGCCCAGCUCCAAAGCAUGGUGGCUCCGCUAGGCAGCAUUGCUUCUCCCAUCCCACCUCCCCGCUUGGUAGGCUGGCUGGUUUGCUCGUGCUGGGAGCACUGGAGCCUCAGCCCCACACAGCCCACUUCUCCCGUCCCUUUAACUUUGGGGGUUUGCCUGUUCUCAAAUGGGGAAGGACAGCUGGAUUGGCAGGUAAGAGAGAGAGAUGACGGGAGAGCGUGCGGAGGGGUCCCCGUGUUGGGUGCUGUGCCCACGGCUCCUGGAGGAGAUGGGGCCACCAGUGUCCCCAUCCCGCCCUGCCCGCUGGCCAGGUGACUUACUGAUUUCUCAGCUUGCUCCUCUCACCCUGAGUCACCCUGAGCUGCUGUGACUGGGAGGGGGCACGAGGCGAGUCCUGUCUCACGUCGAGCAGGGAAGAGGCAGAGGGAGCAGGGGAGGCAUGGGAUGAUGCUGGGCCUGGCCAGGCUGGGAAGAGAGAGGGGAGCGGGUCUAGGAGACACCCAUCAAAUGCCCCUGCCUCCUUAGGGCUCUUCUGGGGCCCUGGGAGGGGGCUCACUGCAAACGUGCUUUGGCAACAAGUAUUUCCUAACCUGUAUUUUACAGCUGAGCUGGAAGUGAGGCCUCCUUCAGACAUCAUCUGGUACCUUUGGGCUGCCCAAGCCCGAGACACCACUUGUUCUCCCUGGAGACCAGCCCUUAGCUGUGACGAGAGAAUUGCUGCCAGCACCCCCUGACAGUGGAGGCGAGCAGAGCCUCUCUGAGCUAGCCACAGCCCUGCCUUCAUGCCUGCUCCCUUCCCCGAGACCCGUGGAGUUGGAUUCAGCCAGGCUGGUGGGGAAAGGGGCUCCCCUAUGGGACCAUGACCCCGAGGUCUGCUCUGCAUUGUCACCCUGCCAUCCCUAAGGGAACAUCUGGGGACCCUGAUCCUUCCUCAUGGCACACAUCCAGGUGCCUGGCUCUGGGUAAGGCUCAGCAGCCUUCUUCCACCUCAGUCUUCCUCCAGCCCUACCAUGCCUUUGGGAGGAGCCCGUGUGCCCCCUCCCUUUCAGCAUUUCCCUGUCUCCAUUUAAGAGCAGAAAAGGCCCUUAGGGCAGCCCAGCCCUUGGUCACUGCCUCAGUAAGGGGCAGGGGAGAGCGGGGAGAGGGACGCUGAGCACAGCCCGCCUCUACCAGCCCAGGAGAGAGACCUGCUGCACCCUCUCCCAGGGGAGGGCACGGGGCAGGGGUAGAUGCAGGCAGGGCCAUCCGUGUCCGUGGGGUGAACCCCAGUCCCGCUGAGCUACCCGUGCAGCCUGGGCUGUGCCCCCGACGGCUGAGAGCGAUUCACAGCAGCUGCUCCCCGCUCCUCGCUCUUCUCCAGACACCGUGAGCUGCCUCCUACCCCCGUGCCCGUCCCCUGCCCGUCCCUGCCUGCUUGCUUGCUGUCUAGUGCUGCUGAGGCCGUGUAUAGCUGAGGUCUGGCUGCGCCCAGCUCCCUGGGCUUGCUGGUGAGCGCCGGGGCAGGCGCAGAGCCCAGCCGGCAGAGCGCGGAUGCGUCUCCAGUCUCAUUUUUUUGUGAACAUUUGUAGUUGUUUCCACAGCUUGUCGUAAAAGAAAUUCUGUUAAGGGGAAAAAAAAAAAAAAAAGAACCCUACGAAAAGCAACAACAACAAAAAAACUAUCCUCCAGGAGUGUUCCUCUGUCUGCACAAUAAAACCCUAGGUUGUGUGUUGGA